CGUCCUGGAGACGGACGCCGCCGGCUGCAGCAUGAACGUGAUCUACCCGCUGGCGGUGCCCAAGGGGCGCCGGCUCUGCUGUGAGGUGUGCGACGCCCCGGCCGAACGGGUGUGCACGGCCUGCACGGUCACUUACUACUGAUGACCCAGGAUCUCUUCAUCUGCACUAGUCCUAGGGAGAAAGCAGUUCUUCCAGCCAGACAAGGCAGUUUUUUCAGCCAGAGAAGAUCUUGCCAACCAUGGUGUGGUUCAUCAAAGAGCUGACUGGGGCAGCAUCCACGAGAAGAUCUGCCAGCUCCUGAUUCCGCUGCGCACCUCCAUGCCCUUCUACAACUCGGAGGAAGAACGGAAGCACGGGCUGCAGCAGCUGCAGCAGCGGCAGAAGCAUUUGAUUGAGUUCUGCUACACCGUAGCCCAGAAAUAUCUCUUUGAAGGAAAACAUGAAGAUGCUGUCCCAGCAGCUUUGCAUUCUCUUCGCUUCCGCAUGAAUGUGCAUGGCCUGAGUUCAGUGGAGCUUGUGCCUGCUUACCUGCUGUUGGCCGAGGCGAGCCUUGGUCUGGGCCGGAUUGUCCAGGCUGAGGAAUAUCUAUGCCAAGCCCAGUGGACAGUCCUCAAGUCAACUGAAUGCUCUUAUGCCACCCACUCGUUACUGCAUCGGAACCUGGGACUUCUCUAUAUGGCUAAGGAAAACUAUGAGGAAGCCCGUUAUCAUCUGGCUAAUGAUAUUUAUUUUGCCAGUUGUGCAUUUGGAACAGAGGACAUCAGGACCUCAGGAGGCUAUUUUCACCUAGCUAAUAUCUUCUAUGGCCUUAAAAAGUUGGACCGGGCAGACACACUGUACACCAAGGUCUCUGAGAUCUGGAAUAAAUAUUUGAACAAUCACUAUCAAGUCCUCUCGCAGGCUCGCAUCCAACAAAUAGAUUUACUGGGCAAACGAUUUGAGACCGACACUGGCUUGGAUGAAGCCCAGGAAGCAGAAGCCAUUCGGAUCCUGACUUCAAUCUGGAACAUUCGAGAAUCUACCUCUGACACAGCCCCCCAAAAAACUAUCUUUGUUCUGAAAACCCUGGUCAUGCUUUACCACCUGAUGAUGAAUUCUUCAAAGGCACAAGAAUAUGCCAUGAGAGCCCUCGAUCUAGCCAGAGAGCAACAGCUCAGUGACCAGGAACAGAACUCCAUUCAAGACUUACUCAGUCUCAUCUCAGCUGAAGACGCCCAUCCCGUUACUUAGUGCCCUAUGAGCUGCACGUCAGGGGCUCUUCAUGGAGUUGUUGAACGUCUGCUACAGUCCGGCCUUGCACAACUGCUUCGAGGUGCCUGACUUGCUGAGGUUCCCACCCUCUCCCCCUGUGACUGCACAAAUACCUGUGUUUCUGUUCUUGCACAGCAUACGCGAGGGAAUGGAGAGCUUUAGGCACAGGGAUCAGUAAAACGGUUGGUUAUCAUGACCUCUGCACUUGGUUUAUUGUGACUUUGUAUGACUUUGAGUAACGUGCUGUCAGCUCGCUAAUAUGUAUUUGUAAUUAAACUGCAAAUAGUUUAUCAUAUUUCCCAGAAGUUUCCCAGGGAUGCAUGUUUCAUAGAUCUUUGCCAAAGAAGGGGGUAGGGAAUAAAGCUAUAAUUGGAGCAAAGUUUCUCUAUUAUA